AGAGGGUGAGCCGCCAUGGGCGGUCACUGGCGGGAAAAAGGAGGAGUGAGGAGCACAGCAUACUGCCCACCGCCACUCGAGAAGCGAGCGCCCGGCCCACCUCCCUCCUCGCCGGAGUCCACCAGCGCCCCAGAUUCGGUUGCCUUGCGUGGUGGGGUUCUGCCCGAGGUGACCGAGGAUGUGACUGGCCCGGCCGGCGGCGGCCAGCGGAGGAUGUUCUCCCUCCUGGGCGCGACGACCCUGAUGCUGGUUGCUGGAGCGCCGUGGACUUUGCCCGCAGCCGCAGGGGGAACAAAUCUAAAAUCUCCUGAAAAUGUAGAGGUCCACAUCAUUGAUGAUACCUUCACCCUGAGGUGGGAUGGGAGCGAUCCAGCUGGCGGGAACGUGACUUUCUCAGCAGAUUAUCAAGUACCCAGAAAUGAUACUUGGCUAAAAUUGCCUGGGUGUCAAUCUGUUACCAGCACCAAAUGCAACUUUUCUUCGCUCAAGCUAAAUGUUUACGAAAAAGUCAAAUUGCGUGUAAGAGCAGAAAGAGGAAACGAGACUUCUCCAUGGCAUAACGUUGACGCAUUCGCCCCAUUUGAAAAAGCUCAAAUUGGUCCUCCAAAAGUACAUUUAGAAGCCGAAGAUAAGGCAAUAAAAAUAAACAUCUCCCCACCUGGAGCAAAAGGUGGUGUCAUGUGGGCCCUGGAUAGUUCGAGUUUUACAUACAGCUUAGAGAUCUGGAAAAACUCUUCAAGUGCCGAAAUAAAGACUAAAACUGUUUAUCCCAGAGACAAAAUUUAUAAACUCUCACCAGAGACGACUUACUGUUUAAAAGUUAAAGCAAGACUUUUGCCGAGAAAAAUCGGUGCCUAUAGUCCAGUGUAUUGUAUAAAGACCACAGUUGAAAAUAAGCUGCCUCCGCCAGAAAACGUUCGAAUCGAUGCUGUAAAUGACAUCUAUGUUCUUAAGUGGGAUUACGCAUCUGAAAACAUGACUUUUCAAGCUCAGUGGCUCCAUGCCUAUUUUAAAAAGAUUCCUGGGAACAACUCAGGUAAAUGGAAACAAAUGCCAGGCUGUGAAAAUGUCAAAACUACCCAGUGUGCCAUUCCUCAAAAUACUUUCCAGAAAGGAAUUUACCUUAUCCGUGUUCAAGCAUCUGAUGGAAAUACCACAUCUGUUUGGUCUAAAGAAAAAAGAUUUGAUGCUCAGUUACAAAAAAGUGUCCUCGUUCCUCCAACCAUUAACAUGAAACCCACGAAUGAGGUUUCCCUGCGGGUCUUUAUUGGCGCUCCAGAAGAGUCUGAAAACAAGUCUGUGAACCAGCAUUACUCACUAAUUUAUGAAGUUGUAUUUUGGGAAAAUACUUCAAAUGCUGAGAGAAAAACUCUAGAGAAAAGAACUGACUUUACUUUUCCUAACUUGAAACCACUGACUGUGUAUUGUGUCAAAGCCAGAGCACUCACUGAGAAUGAAAGGUGGAAUAAAAGCAGCGUUUUUAGUGAUCCUGUGUGCGAGAAAACAAUACCAGGAAGUACUUCCAAAACAUGGCUCAUAGCUGGGAUUUGUGCUGCCUUAUUGUCCAUCCCGGUCGUCACUUACGUUCUGAAACUAUUCCUGCGAUGUGUCCGUUAUGUGUUCUUCCCAUCAAGUAAACCUCCUUCCACUAUAGAUGAGUAUUUCUCUGAGCCGCCACUCCGGAACCUCCUCCUUUUCACUUCUGAAGAGCAAACUGAAAGGUGUUUCAUAAUCGAAAAUACAAACAUUAUCACCACAGUAGAAGAAACUGAGCAAAUCGGUGAAGAUCACAAAAAAUACAAUUCCCAAACCAGUCAAGAUUCGGGAAAUUACUCGAACGAAGACGACAGCAACGACAGCAAAAGCGGUGAAGACUUCCCGCAGCAGGAAGCCGAGUGACCGGAAGCGAGCCCUACACCCUCCGGAAGUUGCGUGGGAGGCACGCCGGAAGUGCGAGCUGCGCCGCUCGGUCCCUCCGCUCCGCUUGCUGGGGAAGGAAAACAUCUCCAGGUCGUAGGUCCUAAAAUACAGGCAAGCAGGUGACGGCGGUAUUUGCAAACGGAAGAACACAGAUCGGGACACACGUUCUCUGUAUUCUUUCCCACGUGUGGAGCCGUGACCGAGGGUGGUUAAUUGUGUUCCUGUCGGGUAACACGGUCACCGUGCUGCCUGUCGCCGCGCGUCACCCAUUCGUUCGCCAUCCUCCAUUCCCAGUGUGAUAGUUCAGGAUUUUUCGGGGAGCAGUUAGACACUCUUGUAGGCCCUUGGGAAAUUUCCUUAGAGAAGCCGGUUCCGUUACCACUGGUUUUCUGGAAAACAGCUUAGUCCAGAAAACAUCUGCAGAUGCCAGGAAUGGGAUCCGUAACAUUUUCAGGGGACUUCUCUCCGGGUAUCCCCGAAACACUGGCUCUACAUCACAGUUACCUCUCCCUUCUGUGGUUGAGGCUUCAAAACAGGUAAUCUUUUGCUAGACCUUAACACUUCCCGAUUCAGAACUUAAUUCACAACUUAGUAGAACAGUAGCUUCUGAAUUCGCAGCCACCGAAGUUACAGAGAAAGGGCAAACUGUCUAAUUAGAGAAGUUAGGAUUUUUUUUAGCAGAAGGAAGUAUGUAGAGGUGAGCCAGGUGUAUGCAGGAAGGCUUGAGACCAGAAUUUGCUACCGAUAGAGUAAGAAGUAGAAGAUAAUGCAGCAGGAGGAAAGCAGGUGACUUUAAUGAAAAACAAGAGUAAUGUGUCUAAUCAACUUUUAAUUAUUAACAUGCCGUGUGGUCGCUUGUUGCUAGGCUCGUGUGCCAUUUUUUUUUUCCUUUCUCAGUUUUAUGGAGAUGUAAUUGACCUGUAACUUACCUGUGUCGUGUUUCAAACCCGGCCAGCUUCUCUGUGUGUGUAGCUGUGUUCAGGCAUCCCUUUUGUUUCGUUUACGUGUGCUCAAGAAAAGGAAAAUGUAUUGCCGAGGUGAGGAAGAAAAUGUAACUGGAAGGAAAACCUAA